CACCCACCAGGCUUCAUCGUCUCUGCUCUUCCUCCGCCGCGAAGAGAUCCCCCUCUUCGGGGGAGGCGGCCCUGGAGACCUACCCCUCCUCGACCUCGAGCUCCAAUCCUUCUAGAAUCUUCCGGAUCCUCCGACCCCCAUGGCCUGCUCGCCCCUCCCUCUCACCUCCCUCCUCCUCGCGCUGCUGCUCCUCUCCGCCCCAUCCCCGUCUGCCUCCGCCUCGCUCUCCUUCCUCACCGAUUCCUCCAACACCUCCGUCUCCACCUUCGCCGACCCGGAGCUGGAGGACCCUGCCCCGGAGCCCACCUUCCUCGAGGAGGUCAUCGACGCCGUCUCGGAGAAGUACGACUGGGACCUCGACGCCGAGGUCAGGGUCUGGCCGCUUGACGCCGACGCCGUCCGCGUCGGCGCAGUGCAGCGGUACGAGUUCCGGGCGCGGGCGGGCGGGAUGGCGGCGCUGGCGCGGUUCUCCGACGAGGCCGUGAAGUGGAGGCGCCCCACCUCGCCCGCGGUCGAGGAGGUGGACGGGCCGGACGGGAUCGACGUCGUCCCCGGCGAUGGCGCGUUUGGGUUCAGCUCCGGCGUGAGGGACGUGGAGCUGGUCGGGCCGGUGGAGCUGAAGCUCGCUGGCAAUGAGGAUGGCGGCCUCGUCGAGCUCCAGUUGCCAUCGGGGAAUCUCACAUAUACAAGGCUGAAGAGGAUACUUGUCGCUGAUGGCGUUGGAAUUAAGGUCAUUGGUGCAGAGAAAGUUUCAUUUUCCCACCCACACAGUAUAGGUCUUUUAGCAAAUGGAAGCUUGUUGACUAGUAACAAUGACCUAAGCCAGAAAUGGCCUUGGAGCUACUCAACCUGUGCCCCGCUACUUCAAGUUGGUGUUGUAGGAUCAGUCGUUAUUGUUGUGCAUCAGAACAGUGUGUCUGGAGGCCAUGUGAAGACUACGUUGAGGUCAGAUGACACCAUGGAGUUAUUGCUGGACAAGUGUCAAGUCAACCUGUCAAAUCGAUUGAUCUCGGCAUGUUUGUUCUGCUCAAUUAGCCCAAGACUGAUAAAGCUUGAAAGGAUCUUGAAGACUUGGUUUAGCAAAAGAAACCACAUGAAUAGCUCAAUGCGCUUCGUUGAAGCUAAAGUGACAUGGAUACCUUUGGUGAAAUUCCGUUUGGAGCUUGAAAGGGACAUCACUGAAGAGGAUCCCAUCUGGGAAGAUGUUCCAGAGUGGAAAACGAAACCAAUAGUCCAGCGAGUCACUCUUGACAUUAUAGCUAGGGUGGAAGAUGACGAUAGGCUGAAGGCUAUUUCAGUGAAGAAGGUUAGACAACCGUUCCCUAUAGUGGACACUACUACUUGGGGCAGCCUGACUUCAAAUGUUUCGUUCACAGAGUUUAUGUCAUUUGUAUUACCACCAGAACCGCUGUCGCUGGAUGUAAAAUGGUGAUAGCUUUUGCUCUGAUCUGCUUCUCAUAGGGAUGAUAGGAAAUUGCACAUAUACAUCAAUUCCGUGUAUACUUGAUUAGGCUGGAAGUGUACCUGAAAAAAUGCUAUUGCUGUAUCAUCUUGUUACAGUUUUGUGUUGCUUCUGGCAACCAUGUGAGUAACGUCUUACAUUGUUCAUAGUA